AUGGAGUCUGAUCUGAACACCUCGACGUGGCUCCGCCCCUACACUAACGCCUCUUGUCCAAUCAGAGCGUCCUGCCCGUACUGCACGGCUCAGCUGGUCGUCGUCGUCAUGGUAACCACCUCCCUGAGCAGCAUCACCAUCCUGGGCAACGCGUUGGUGAUCGCGUCCAUCACGGUGAACCGGCGCCUGCGGACCAUCAAUAACUACCUGGUGCUGAGCCUGGCGCUGGCGGACCUGGUGGUGGGUCUGGUGUCCAUGAACCUGUCCUCGCUGUACGUGGCGUACGGCUCGUGGCCGCUGGGCGCCGCGCUUUGCGACACGUGGCUGGUGACGCACUACACGGUGAGCAGCGCGUCCGUCAUGAAUCUGCUGAUCAUCAGCGUGGAUCGUUUCUUCUGCCUGACGCGGCCGCUCAGCUACCCGGCGCGCCGCACGGGCCGGACCGCCGCGCUGAUGGUCGGCGCCGCCUGGCUGCUGUCCUUCCUGCUGUGGACGCCCGCCAUCUUGUCCUGGCAGAGCGCCGGUGGGAAGCGCCUGGUCCCAGACGGAGAGUGUUACACGCAGCUGCUGGCCAGCCCCGCCGUUACCUUGGCGACGACGCUGCCGUCCUUCUACGUGCCGGCGCUCAUCAUGAUGGUUCUGUACGGCCGUGUGUCCGCCGCCAGCCGCCGCCGUCUGAGCGCGCUCCAAUCAGAGCGAGGCGCGCUCAGUCCGUCCGUUAAAGACUUCCUGUUGAAGCGACGCAGCUGGGCGACUGGCGAGCCGGGCUCAGAGCUCUCUCACAACCAAUCAGAGUCCAGCUCGCCGACGCUCCACAGGAACAGGAAACACGCCGCGCCGCCGACAGAAGAAGACUCGUCGUCCAACGCCGAGCUCCACCGAGCGGCUUCAGCGGCGUUCUCCUUCCCCAACGUCACGUCUCAGGAGCGGCGGAGACGGCGAGUGAUGGCGAGGGAGAGGAGGGUCACCAGGACCGUCCUGGCCAUCCUGCUGGCCUUCGUCCUCACCUGGACGCCGUAUAACAUCAUGGCCGUCAUCGCCGCCUUCUGUCACGUCCGCAUCCCCGACGGCCUUUGGACCGCCGGCUGCUGGCUCUGCUACGCCAACAGCGCCAUCAACCCCGGCUGCUACGCUCUGUGCAACGCCACCUUCAGGAAGACCUUCUGCAACCUGCUGCGCUGCCGCAGGAAGCCGCGCUGA